GGCAGUGUGCAGUAAGAGGUAACCUGGCAAGUGGUAGUGGCGCUUCUCGGGUGCUGUGCUUCACGCUUUGGUACUAAAGGCCGAGACUGUUCUGGCGACGGCGACCUCUACGGCAACAGCUUAAGCUCUCGGAGGAGUGGCAGAGUACGAUCUGAAGGAAGGGCUUCUGGUCAGCCCAGGCAGCUGAAAGGUGAACCGAGAGAGGCAGAAUACGUUGAACAGGGAGUUUGGCAAGGUUCUAUCAUAAUGAAUGGAUCCAAUAUGGCAAAUACAUCACCCAGUGUAAAAUCCAAAGAGGACCAGGGGUUAAGUGGGCAUGAUGAAAAGGAAAACCCAUUUGCAGAGUACAUGUGGAUGGAGAAUGAAGAGGAUUUCAACAGACAGGUGGAGGAGGAACUGCAGGAGCAAGACUUCCUGGACCGCUGCUUCCAAGAGAUGCUGGAUGAAGAAGACCAAGACUGGUUUAUUCCAUCACGAGACCUGCCUCAGGCCAUGGGACAGUUGCAACAGCAGUUAAAUGGACUGUCAGUCAGCGAAGGUCAUGAUUCUGAAGAUAUUUUGAGCAAAAGUAACCUGAACCCAGAUGCCAAGGAGUUUAUUCCAGGAGAGAAGUACUGAGCCGACAAAGCUUUGAGGAGGACUUGUCUGUCCCCACAUCUGGGGAUAGUAAUGCACAAAAUAGUGGAGCUGAAGAUGGGGAUGGGGCGGGCGAGGGACGCACAGCGGGAAGGGGAGUGGUGGUCUCACGAUACUGUGACUCUGAGUAACUAAUAUGCUCAGUCUUAUUCUACAAGCCUCUGAGUAUUUCUGUUUUGUUCUGCUGAUUUUUGUUUGGAGCAGUUUCCUGUUUUGUUUUUUUGAAUAGCUCUUUCGAGUUAAGGAAAUUGCAUUUUCCCCACUUCAUCAGGAGUGUUCUGCGGUGUGUGUUUAAACAAAAUAAGCUGACCAAGAUAAACUGGAUAUUUAGGAAAUGCCCCUCUUACCCUGCUGUAUACUUACCAAGGACAGUGAGCCCCUGGAGAACUUUUUGUGGAAUCUAUUGAAUUGGAUGGGAAAAGGGACAAGCAGAAAGAGCAGGUAGUGCAAACCAGAAUUUGAGGCUCAGCUCCCCCAUCGCUGGGGUCUCCUGCAAUGAACUGGGAUAACCAAUGCCCUGCCGAGCCCUUGCCUGUUCGUCCUGAACCCCAUUCAAGAAAACGCAGACUUAGAGUACUUAGUUUACAGUAACUUUGAUGAUUGUUGAAAGUUGUAAAUCAGAAGGUGGGGCUGUGAUGGUGGUUGUCACUUGAAUCAUUUAGUUACUGUUGUCCUGUUCAUAAGCCUGUGUUCACCAUUACCAUCAGACUCACCAUUUAUAAGUAGAAGAGCACUAUUGUUGAUCUGCCACCUCAUCUUUCAUGAAGUCUAUUCCCCGGCCUCCUUUCCACCCUAUCCUACUCUGUUUUUAAGAAAAGAUAUUGCUGCCAAAGGCAUAGGGGAGGCCUGGUGUGCUGGCAAUUAGCAUGAGCCUGCAGAAGUCAUCCUUGAAUCUGUUGUGUCUUAAUUUUAUUUGGACAGUUUUUUUUUUCCAGCCUCAUCAACACUUGGUCUUCCUGGUGUCUCAAUUCCCUCAGACAAGUUUAUGCACGUUUUAAAGGAUAUAUUUUUCAGCACACUAGUAAGAAGCUCAGUUCAUGGUUUGGAUAUUUCUUCCCACAUUACAGAAUUUUGGAAAGGAACUCAAAACCAGCCUAGGAAAGUGAGUCCUGCUUGACCCAUGUGACUGUGUACCUGACCCUCUGGGAUCUUUUCAGCUAUUAAAACAUUUUACUGUUCCCACAUACCCAGCUUUGCAGGUUUCCUAGAUUGACCUCUUAGGAUAUGUUUCUUUGUCUUUCCUGCCUUUAACUUGUUGGGGUCUUUUGUUGCUACACCUAAAGAACUAAACUGGGUGCUAGGAGCUGCCUUUGUAUAUAGAGAUGUAGAUGGCAGUGUGAUGUAUAAGAGACCAUCCAGGCCAUUCUCCCAGGGAUGAGGACUUGAAGAGCCCUAAAGAUAAUAGUGGCUUCUCUCUGAUUGCUACUAUGCUGUGUGAUAGGCCUAAUAGGGAAAAGAUACGUAACUUGAAAUAAAGUUGGCAUAAAUUCAGUAUGUGGAUGUGGGACAGAGGUUGGAAGGAAAGGACUAGGGUAUGGAAAGCUGAAGAAAUUCUCCUUUUGAGCUCUCGUUGACUCUUUGAACAGUGACAAGCUAAUGCCAGAUUUAAAAUACACAUUUUUUCCUAUUUAAGUCUGUAGGAUUA